GUCCACAUCACGGGUGGAAGAGCAGCGAUUUCAAAGUUUGAAACCUCCUUACGCGAGACAUAAAUGAAGAUAUGCGGAAGCGAUCUUCAACAGUCUCUUCUGCACCAGUUGCUUUUGGCCAGUCUAAAGUUACUCCAUACUGGAUUCACGACCAAAACUUCCAUCUUGGUGACAUAAUCAUCAAUACAAGCAUCUGGCCAGGACUUGGCAGAGGCGAUUUAAUCCAGGUGGUUCCAGCUGGUGGAGUUUCUCACUCUGGGGCUCGCUUUCUGUUCUUCGUUGAUGAGGGUACGACCAAUAAUUCCAAAACACAGGUAUGACAAUAUUCGAACAAGCACUGAUUUGUCAUGUUGCCUUCAUCUUCGAAUCUGUAGGUAUCGCAUGUCUCCAUAUCCCGAGAAGUCUCUCAGAAGUUUGGAUUCGCCCAAAAUAAGAGCGUGAAAUUGACGAAGAUCCAGCAACUGUCCAUGCCAAUGCAUUAGAGAUCCACUUCCGGGACACUUACAUGUGUCGGAGAGAAAUGUACAGGAUCACCAGGC